GUAUGAUAUGACUAUAAAUGUAUAAAGAGGAGAUAUAUAAUGACUAUACGCAUGGAUAUACUUUAUUUACGUGAAGUUGGAUGGAUUUCAUGUGAGGUUUUGUGGACUUGAUUUUCAAAACUUUUCCAAGAUGGCGUCAAUCUCAGAUUUGGAUCCCUGUAUGGACAGACUACUCAGCAACGUCGAGUGUUCACCAAGAUAUGAUAUAGUCGAGCAAAUAAUUAUGGACCACGAUGAGGAUAUUAUAGAUGAAGCUAGGACACACCUGUUCGACUUGGUGAAAAAGUACCUUAGUACCGUGUGUGAAGAUCGUUAUGGACCCCUAUCUGCCCGAGGGGAGGAUCAAAUCGAGGAUAUAUGUAUCAAACGCAGAGCGGGCGAGAAGAAAAUGAUCAGUAAGGCGAAUGAUAUUUACGAUAUGUAUGUGUAUUUAAGAGGCUUAACUGACUCUUUUCCACGAAGCGUUCUUGGAUCGACAAGUCGUGUGCCUGAUGGCCUUG